GCUCAGCCGGCAGCUGCAGAGCGGGCUCGCAGCCUCACCGGCGGUGGUGCUGAGACCAGAAGGGGAGGAUUUGUGCCUGCUACCAUAGCCGGGAGUGAUGCCGAGCUAUCGUCGGAAACAGAGGAAGUUAGCGCAGGCCCGGGCCAGGCAGAAGCAGCACAACAGCUCGUCAUGUCCCGUCACGAGCCAGCCGGGCAAGCCCGUCAGUGCCGAGACGGCCGCGUCUGGUGAGCGAGACAAAGCAGAGGACACGAUCUCCACCUCUUCCAGUCCGUCCAAGAUCGACGCAUUUCACUAUUCCCCAACCUCGGGAACGUCUGACUACUUCCUGUUCCAGAGGUUGCGCUUCUACGUCCUCCAGGAGCACUCUUACGGGAGACGGGCCAAGCUGGGCAGGAUACGAAUGUCAGAUAUGGCUGCGCGUGAAGAGCCUUUUCUCCACCCGGUAGAGCUGAGCUGCGGCGUAUUCGCAGCCACUGCGCAGCCGUUGGAAAAUGACGACGAUGGCCAUAGGUUCCCGGACGAGUCUAUGGUACUGCGCGCGCUGCACACCGGCCAGUUCAUGCGCUGUGUGGACGCCCACGAGUAUGUGAAAAGCAUGGUUCUGGCCGAGAUAAACUUCUGGACGGAGGCUGUUGAGCAGGCUGAGGGUACUCCCGUGUUGCCAACUAUCCAAAAUCUCUACUUGGCAUCGAUGAAGAAAAUCUUUGAUAUGAGCGCCAGCGACAAGAUCGAGCGUCUGGCGAUGCUGGACCGCUCGUGCACGGCGGACGCUCUCUUCAGGCUGGCCAUGUUGGCGACCCCCGAAUCGUUACCCAUUGUGACAGACCUGCAGCGACGGAUGAGCGGGUGUCUGGAGCGCGCCUACGACCUGUUCCUCUUCUGCAGCGAGUUCACUGAGCCACCCGCGCUGCCGACCUACUGUUCCGACACGGAGGACGAAAACGGGACCGAUGAACGAGAACAAGCUUCUGGAGACGAAAAGUCUUCAAACGCCAGUAGCCCGAUGGGAGAGUCGCCCGGCAGUCUGUUCCUGAGCGACGACUGCAGCUGGAGCCAGGACGAAACUCCUUUCGGGGACGACGAACCCUGGCCCCUGGCCAGGUCUACCCAGGACCCGAUCAUCGUGAGCACCCUGGUACGCACGCUGAUGUCGCCGGUGAUGACGCCGCAACCAACGCAGCCACCGCUGUUUGGUGUGGCCUCCGGCCAGUCUUUGACCCUCCCUGUCUUCCCUCCUUUGACGGAUGCUGAGGCCUUAGAUGCCGUGUCCGGGAACGAGACGGAACUCAAGGAGCUGCCCUCCGCCGCCAAGAAGAAGAAAAAGAAGAAGAAGAAUAAGUCGAAGACGCCAGUCGAGGUCAAUAAAAAUCAGGUGGAGGUGAAAGAGGAGGAGGGACAUGGUCUGCCGGGGGCUGACAAUCAGUCGAAUAGCAAGCCGUUAAAAGAAAGCAGCGCCGUCAAUAACGGGACAGGUUUAGAGCACCUGGGAAGCAGUCGGAAAUGUGGUGAUUAUAACCGUGACCAAUCCCGACCUGGCCCGCCCAAACGAGCUCCAGAGAAAAGCGAUACCAUCAGAGAAACAACAGUUGGUCUGGAACCGAACCGUACAUCAACCGAGCAGGCUGAAGACAGUUCCGGUAAGGCCAUCACGGAGGACAGUACAGUCCACCAUUUGCCCUUUGCUAACGGAGCGUCGAAGGACGAGAGUUUGUAUACGAGCGGUGCCGGUAUAAAUAGUGGCGUCGUCAAAGGAGUUCUUCAUGAAAGGAAACCGGAUGCAUGCGAUCCGUGCGACGAACGUAUUGUUCACAGAGUACGUCGUCAAUCAGGGGUGGCGGAUGAGGUGGCGUCACCGCAGCAAAUCCCCGCCUGCGGGGACAGAUUGGAAGUCACAGCAACCGUUCUGACAACGGCGGACAUCGUCAGUAACGGGAUGAAAGCGUUGAAUGGAGCCGCUGCACCUUUCACCGAGAGAAAAAAGAAGAAAGGAAGCGGAAAGAGCACGGAACGAACAACUGUAACACAAGUGGAUGGCCAAACAGGAGCAAACGCAGAUGCCAAAGAGACCACGAGCAUGAAAAAGGAGGAUAAAGCAAAAACACUUCAUAAUAAAUACGCAUCUGCUAGAGCCGUUGUGAGACGUUCGAGGAUGUCAUCCAUUGUGUCAAGAAUACCUGAGACAGAAAAUCAGAUGGAGCCGUUAAAGAAUGCGACAGUAACAGACACACGUGUUCAUGCGGAAAAAAGCGAAGACGAUCCAGCGCACGAUCCACUGCAGCCCUCCACGGAGCAUCAGCAGGGAGUCGACGUAGUCGAAGAUGCUCCCCGUGCAACCGGAAGAAAGGAAGCGCUCUCGUCGGCGAGAAUUUCUACCGUCCACGCCCAGCCUCCGACGCCACACCCCUGUGAGCCGCGUGUAAGCGCCUCCCCAGCUAGAUCUUCCAGAUCUCCAGAUAGAUCUCCAGCUACCUCUUCAGUCAGCCGUCAGCUGAGUCCGUUCGAACGGUCGUCGAACAUGCUAAAAAAGACUUCAGCGGCCGAAGGAAGUGGAGGUCGCCCGAGCCCACAGGCAGUCAGCGAGAUUGCCCCGGCAGGUCGGACCGACUCGCUGCCAGCAUCUGAAGACGAUAUGUCGCCGCCAACGAUAUUUGGAGGGGCGGAAGGACCGCUUAUGCCGACGGAGGGGCUGGUUCUGGCGGGGAAACAAUAUACCCUUUCGGCCAUUCCAGAGGAGAGAAAUCCCCAGGCCCUGGUGGUGAAGAAGACAGAGCUGGCAUGUGGGGCAGGGGAGGUCAACCUGUCAAAAACGGAAGAGGUGGUUUACGGUGAUGUGUCAGGAGCCAGCCAGUCGUUAUUGACUCCGGAGACAACACCACCGACGAAAGUAGUAGGGGAGACGGCAUGGUGCACUACCAAGGUGGCAUUGCUGGACGAUAAUUGCUUCGCUACUCGGAAGAAAGAUGCAGUCAAAGCGAACAAAGAGGCAUAUGAUCUGAAGACAGCAUUCACUGAGUAUGAAGACGGGAACAUCACAGACAUAUCGGUGAAGGAAGAUGAGGAGAUUGACCCCACGAAUGAGAUUGUCGAGAAGCACAUAGAUGAGAGCAUCCCCCUAAAAGAGGCUGCGCAUGAGAAUGAAGAAGAAAUUGGUCAUCAAAAGGUGGCUACUAGGGGGGAAUGUGAGGAGAGUAGUCCAAGAAAGGCGGCAGCGUUGUUCGCUGCCAAGACAGUCAGCGUGGCCCAGCUGGAGGCCCAGCUGAAGACGGAACUGGAGGCCCAGUUGAAGGCAGAGCUGAAGGCCGAGAGGGACGCAGAGCGGCAAGCGGAGCGGGAGUAUGAAGCUCGGCUGCAUCUGGCUGAGACGUGCGUGCUUUCCGUUCGCGGGCGGUCCGGCGAGGAGACGCGUCGAGGCGAGCUGUGUGGAAGGGGUUCGGUCUCGUCAAACUCCCAGGCAGAGCCAGUCUCGUCGGACGAGAGCCUGAAGUACGACUCAUUCUAUUCAUUAAAUAGCACGGUUUCGACAUUUAUGCAAGGCUUGACGCAGGUUGAAAACGAAUAUGAGCCUGAAGAGGACGACAUUGCUUAUAAAGAAUCGAUGGAGGGCGACGAUGCUCGUGAAAAACCGCCCGAUGGAAACGUUAGCGGUGGUUGUUCUGAAUCCAUCGAGCGUCACAACGACAUUGGUAGUCAUGAUCCGUCUGGCCGAGGAGACCAGGGAGACGCUGGACAGCAAGCAACUGAGAGAAUCCUGGCGGGCGAAGGAGAUGUUGACAUGCCAUUUGGUCUGCCCCAAGAGCCUGUCAUCCCUCCAGUGAAUAGCGAACGUUCCAUCGUGGAAGCCCCUUCGCUCCGGCACGAGCAACGCAACGGACAAAGGCUGGCCUCGGCCCUCGCCGGUGUCUUUUCCAAGAAAAGGGCUCAGAGGAAAACACAGCUCUCGAAAAUGUCCAGCAAACUGCGUCAAAAGGAUGGGGCGUUAAAUACAUGCUGCUGUCAGUAAUGCUCACACAUCCAUUGUUAUGUAAAUCGAUGACGCAUAUAUCCUAGCAGGUUGCAAGGAAGGUUGUCUUCUCAGACGUGUGUCGUAAGAUUAAGACGCAUUUUAUUGUGUGACUAUGGUUGUGGACGGCGCUUAGCGUGUUCGCACAUGAUGCCUGGAGCAACGGAUAUCAUCGAGAAAACGGUUUUCAGACAGGAAAGUGCCAUUUACAGCGAUAGGAAUGUAGAUUUGUUUGGGAAAAAGUUCCCGCAUUAUUUUUUUCGGGAAGCAUUGCGUGUUGCUGGCUGUCGCAAUGCCACCUGCCGUUGAUUCGGGGUUUUAAAAUGGUUCGUUUAUGACGGACGACGCGCAAUUUGCGUAUUUUGUCCCUCACUCAAACUUACGCUGGAGCUGCUCACCGUGUCGCCGGUUGUUAGAAUUCGAUCAUGUUCAUUGUGAUGUACGAGUACAAGUAUCACCGCCUUCAUAUUAAUAACAUGUAUUUGUCUUUUUAUAACGACUUACUAUGCUUUUAAUACAAUAUAUCAGUUAUCCGAAAGUCUGUUUUUAGUUACAGCAUGAUGUGGCAGGAUUGCUACUGACAUAAUGAGCAUGUUAAUGCAUUCAUUUUCUUCCGGAAGAUGUUUACUCCGGGCUAGUUUACUACAGGAAUUAUACUAGUCAUCGUCAUGUUGUAAGUACUCACACAGCCGUGAAUGGUAUUAGUUACCGCCGUAGAGAAUGAGUUGUAUACGUAUGUAUACGUUUCGCCGAGUCUUCCCUGAAUCCCUUCAAUGUUUUGCGGUGCGAGUAAAACCAGGUUAAGCCUGCUUGCUAUACGUGUGGGCUUCUUCAAUCUAAGGGCAUUAACAGAGAAGAGCCGGCUCAUUUUAAAAAUGAGUGGCGGCUUCAACAGUAAGUUUUUACGUUUUGAAGUUAUUUCCUCCAUUCAUAUCAUGGAUAAAUAUAACCUGUAGCUUAAAAGCGUCGUUGUC